CUCUUCUCCUUCACACUCUCCACGCCAUUUCCACAAGCCAUAACACAGAGAGAAGAAACCCAAAAAUCUCUCAAAUCAUCUAAAAAUCUAAAACACAGAAAAAAUGGCUUCCACAGCUCUCUCAAGCGCCAUCGUCGGAACAUCCUUCAUCCGCCGUCAAACAGCUCCGAUCAGCCUCCGUUCCCUCCCAUCAGGCAACACUCAAUCCCUCUUCGGUCUCAAAUCAGCCACCUCACGCGGCGGACGCGUCACAGCCAUGGCUACAUACAAGGUCAAAUUUAUCACACCGGAAGGAGAGCAAGAGGUUGAGUGCGACGACGACGUUUACGUCCUCGACGCGGCGGAGGAAGCCGGAAUCGAUCUUCCUUACUCUUGCCGUGCUGGUUCUUGCUCGAGCUGUGCCGGUAAAGUUGUGACUGGAUCUGUUGACCAGUCUGACCAGAGUUUCCUCGAUGACGACCAGAUUGGUGAAGGAUUUGUUCUCACUUGUGCUGCUUAUCCUACUUCUGAUGUUACCAUUGAGACCCACAAAGAAGAAGACAUUGUUUGAAAAGCGCAAAGCUUUUUUGAUGGUUUCAUAAAAAUCAUGUCUUUUUUAAAAAAGUUUUACAUUUUGGGGUUGAGUUUGUUGUUACUUACUAUAAUCUAUUGUUGUCUAUUGUAAUUGUUCUUGGUUUGACCCACCUUUUGGUAUGAUCAAUGGAUAACAGUUUAAACUUGUGGUGGUAA